UUUUUGGUUUGGUCAAGUUUGAAUUUCCAUAUAGACACUGGUUGCUACGCUACCAGUUCAAAAUAUUACGGUAUUGUGGUAAUCAUCUAAAAGGUAUUACCGGUAUUACCCAGUUUGUAUAUUGAAAUUAAACUUAACAAACUUAACAAAUCUGCUGGUCGUUACCAAUUGCGUUCGAAGUGUCACAAGAGAAGGACCUAACAACACCAUCAUCAGUGUCAGUUUGUUUGAGUAGCUGGUAAUUUAAUGUGAAAAAAUAAUUUGAUCAGUGUGUUCGAAAGAAAAUUGAAAAAAAUGGCAGACUACGAAUUGAAUAUUGAUAGUUUAAUUCAACGUUUACUGGAAGUUCGAGGAUGUACACCAGGCAAACAAGUUCAAAUGACCGAACAGGAAGUUCGUGGAUUAUGUUUGAAAUCGCGAGAAAUUUUCAUGCAGCAACCGAUACUUCUGGAACUGGAGGCCCCGUUAAUCAUUUGCGGCGACAUACAUGGACAAUAUACAGAUUUGUUACGCUUGUUCGACUACGGUGGUUUCCCGCCGUUCACAAACUACCUAUUCCUUGGCGAUUAUGUGGAUAGAGGCAAGCAGUCGCUGGAAACAAUAUGUCUGUUGUUGGCAUACAAAAUCAAAUAUCCCGAAAAUUUCUUCCUCUUACGUGGCAAUCAUGAGUGUGCGAGUAUCAACAGAAUUUAUGGAUUUUAUGAUGAGUGCAAACGGCGAUUCAACAUCAAACUGUGGAAGACCUUUACAGACUGUUUCAAUUGUCUUCCGAUAGCGGCUAUCAUUGACGAAAAAAUAUUCUGCUGUCAUGGCGGUCUGAGUCCAGACCUGCAGGGCAUGGAUCAAAUACGUCGAAUAUCACGACCGACAGAUGUACCCGACACUGGACUGUUAUGCGAUUUACUGUGGAGCGAUCCCGACAAAGAUGUACAGGGUUGGGGUGAAAAUGAUCGAGGCGUGAGCUUUACAUUCGGAACCGACGUAGUUAUAAAAUUCUUAAACCGUUACGAUCUGGAUCUGAUCUGUCGGGCGCAUCAGGUGGUGGAAGAUGGUUACGAGUUUUUCGCCAAGCGACAGUUGGUGACGUUGUUUUCGGCGCCAAACUACUGCGGAGAAUUCGAUAAUGCCGGUGGAAUGAUGACCGUCGAUGCGUCGUUAAUGUGCUCGUUUCAGAUAUUAAAGCCAUCGGAAAAGAAAGCGAAAUACCAGUACGGCGGCACAAAUUCCGGCCGACCCAAUCAACAGAGAAAUGUGCCACAGGUUGGUGCAAACAACAAGCGAAAAUAAUCAUAUUCAGUGAUGGCGGUGGUGAAGAAGAGCUUCCCUUUUAUACUAUUAUUAACAUGAUGAACAUCCAUUUCCUUUUUCCUUUUCAAUUCUUUUUUUUUGUUGUAAUUUGAUUGAACUGUUCGUAUGGCCGUCCCAGGCCGAUUGAUUAUUUGUUUACCUUUGAUUGGGUCGCAGGAUUAUACAAAACAUUUUGUGUUGAAAAGUUACCGCGAUUGUCGGUAAUGGAAAAUUUAUUCAUAAAAUCCAGAUGAACUGAA